AGAAUUGUUAGAAUUGCUAUUUCUUACAAUUGACUGUACAACGCUAUGGGAGUUCGCUGUGCCGGCAAUACGGCAUCGGCUCAGUUGCAACUAGAACGUACAACAAGAAACAUCUCACCAUGGCUGAUAUUUCCAAGGACGAUCUUCGCAAAGAAAUCACCGCCAUUCUUAAGGAUGCUGACCUCUCAACGAUGUCCGCCAAGAAAGUUAGGCAACAAAUUGAAGAGAAAUUGGACAUUGAUCUUUCUGAAAGGAAGAAGGAGGUUGACGAUUUAGUUAUGGAGUGCCUGCAAGAGAAAGAUGAUGGUGGCAAGAAAAAGAAGAAGGCCGCCAGUGAGGAGUCUGAGGAUGGCGAAGAGGAGGAAGAUGAAGCCUCCGAGGAGGAAGAAGAAGAGGAGGAAAAAAAGCCCGCAAAGAGAGGACCUCCCAAAAAAGCAGCCAAUAAGCGCAAGAAGGGCUCAUCUGAUGAUGAGGAAAGCGCAAGUGAUGAAGACGCCAGUGAUGAGGAAUACAGUCCCAAGAAGGGAAAACCAUCACCCAAAAAGGGAAAACCAGCCAAAAAGGGAAAAAAGAAGGGAAGCGACAGUGACAGUGAUGAAGAUUGGGGAAAGAAUAAGAAAUCCGGAGGUGGUGGUGGUGGUGGUGGCGGUGGUGCCGCGAAAAAGGGAGCCAAAGGUAAAGGUGGUGGCGGUUACACACGUCCCAUUACGCUUUCACCAGAAUUGGCCGCUAUUGUCGGUGCCGAAGAAAUGGCUAGACAUCAAGUCGUUAAAAAGGUCUGGAGCAUCAUCAAGGAGAGAAAUCUCUAUGAUCCCAAGAAUAAGCAAUUCGCCAUUUGUGAUGAUGAAUUGAUGAAGGUAAUAGGAGUCAAACGUUUCAGGACCUUUGGUAUGAUGAAAUACCUCAAAAAUCACUUCGUAGAUUAAAUCCAUAGUUUUUUAAGUCAAUCCCCAUCCCCCCCAAAAAAAAAAACCCCCCGGCAAAUUAAAUUGUACAAGUUUUUAAUGAUAAAAAUCCGCGAUGCGAUUCCGCAAUUAUUAUAACAUAAGGCAAAUUCGCGGAUAAAAUCCCAUUCACAAAUAUAAACACCUCUCUUUUACAAGUUUCGAUGAAAAAAAAAAAAGAAACCCGAUUGCUUUUUGCCAAUUGUUCAAUUUUUUAUAUCUUCAACACUUUUUAUCGACAUUUGUUUUUUUUUUAUCAAACUUGCAUUUGAGUUUCUUUAUUUGUGUAUGGUACAUAAAGUACAUCUCUUUAUAGAUUUUUUUCCUCUAAUUUUUUCGAAAUAUGUCAAAUCUAAAAUGCAAAGCAUGAAUUGCUUUUUUUUCUAAUUUAAAGAGAUUUGACGAAUUUUGAAUUUAUUUUGUAUAAAUGGUUUUGUUUGUUUCUUGAGUUCUAAUAUUUUUUGGAAACUGAAUUUUUUUUACUUAUUUGAUGAAAGAAGGAAAAAUUUUUUUCAAAUGUUGAAUAUUUUUUUACGAACAUUUUUGUGUUCUGCUAAAGAUAAUGAUAAUUAAAAAUCAAAGAUUAUUUUUUAUUUAUUUUUUUUUUUUUUUGAGAAGAUGAAAGCGGAAUCCUGGAAACAUGCAAAAAGUGAUCACAAUAAAGAAGAUAAUUCUUUUUAUCUUUUUUGUAUAAUAGUUACAGUGGCACACUGAAAUUUACAACUAAGCGAGAAUUAAUUGUAUUAACAUGUAAUUACUAAUUAUUGUCGUAAAGUAGGUUUUUGGUGUAAAAAAAAAAAAAAAAAAAAAAAAUUUACCUAAGAAUUUAAGGCUUAGUACAUGAAGUGAUUGUUUAUCGAUACAAUGUUUAUCGAAUUAAAAGUGCGAGUUUUUUUUUUGUUCGCACUUUUCACGUGUGUAGAACUUGUGUCGUUUUGGAUAUAAAUUUAACUUUAAGUUUUGCCUAUAUUCGAUUCAGUGAUUGUCACAUGGGCAUCUUGAUUAUAAAUUUUAAACAAUUAAUGCAUAAUUAAAUAAUUUUUUUUUUCAUAAAACCCUUUUAUCAAAUUUUUUUUAAUUAAAUGAAUUGAUGACAUUUUUAAUUUCUUUUUUUUAUGUAAUCUUACAUAUAAAUGCAUGAAACAAAUAUUGAAUCACUUUUGAUUUAAAAAAAAAUUUUAUUCCAUCACAAAAUAAAUAAAGGGGUUUUUGAAAAAAAAAUCAAUAUUUCUAGUAAAAAAAAAAAGAAAAAAAAAUGAACAGAAAAGUAAUCAUUAUAUUUUAUCAAUCUUUGGUAUAUUAUACGUGUAUCAAAAAAAAAAAUUAAUUUUUUUUUUCUUGACUGCAUAUUAUAUAUGAAAUAUGUUUACUCUAAAUACAUAGUAACCAUAGCGUCAUAAAAAAAAUAAACAUGUAAAAUUUUUAUGUUCUCCAUUACGAAGAAAAUAUGCAUUAUACAAAAUACAAAUCUGUAUAUUGUUCCAUGAGUGUAAUUGAUUUUUUGUGUCUAAUUAAAGUCAUUGCUUUCAUUUUUUUAA